AGUAAAAGAUUUGCAGUAAAAUAUGAUUUUUUACAAAAUGAAGUCAGUCUGUCUAUUACUUUGUGCGCUUUUUGCUUUAGCAUUGGCCGAAUCAGAUGACAGAUUAUCAUGCUACAGCUGCAGUGGGAAAGAUAGUGGUUGUCCGGAACCAGCCACCUUAACUGACUUAGCGAACAUGGAUAUGACGUACUGCACAGGGGUUUUAGCUACUGGUUGUACUAAAUAUUCAGUGAAUUAUUUAAGUGGAGACGUUUACACGUUCAGAAGCUGUGCGCCCUUAAUCGUUGAUGAAAUCGACGGCACCGGUCUGAACUUCUGUGAUUUUAUUACAAAAAUGUACGCUCCUUUGACAGAGGGAUCGCUUGUCAAAGGCGUCGAUUGUUAUAAUUGUACUACCGUAAACUGUAAUACAUAACAAUGAGCUGGAUGCAUUUAAAUAUAAUCUUAAGUAAG